UUCAAGGGCCCCUCCUUGAAAUCUUCUUAUAAAAACCCAAUCUUCUCUGACCUGACAAACCAUUGCAAAUCCCUGCAAGACAGAUCCCAGACAUGAUGCUGCCUCCCACAGCCCUCCACAGCAUGUCCUGGAUGCUGCUUUCCUGCCUCAUGUUCCUGGCUCAGGUCCAAGGUGAAGACUCCCCGAAUGAUGUGCCCGCUCCACGGAUCAGCUGUCCCACAGGCUCCAAGAUUUAUGCCUCCCACUGCUAUGCCUUCUUUAUGACACCGAAAUCCUGGGUGGAUGCUGAUUUGGCCUGCCAGAAGAGGCCCUCGGGACACCUUGUGUCCGUGUUCAGUGGGGCUGAGGCAUCCUUUGUGGCCUCCCUGAUCAAGAACAGUGCGAACACCUACUCAAAUAUCUGGAUUGGGCUCCAUGACCCCACAGAGGGCUAUGAGCCCAAUGCAGGUGGAUGGGAGUGGAGUAGUGGUGAUCUGCUGAAUUACCUUGCCUGGGAGAAAGACCCCUCCACUAUUGCAAACCCUGGCUAUUGUGGGAGUGUGUCAAGAAGCACAGGAUAUCUGAAAUGGAAAGAUUACAGCUGCACUACAAGGCUACCCUACAUCUGCAAGUUCAAGGGCUAGGUCUGAAGAAAUGUUGGGAGCCAGAGUUUUGCAUGCAGCUCAUCAUGGACUUGGGACCAAGUGUAAAGUCUACCACAGAAGAAAAUAUUCUCCUAUACCUCUAAACUUGACCAUCUCAUUAUGACCUUCCCUACUUGUCAGCCCCAUUUCAAACCCCUCUGUGUUUUCCAUAAUUUAACUUCCAAAUGGCAAAAUUAAAAA